CGCUUGACGUCAACGUAUCAAAUAUGGCGGAAACUUUGGAAAAUGGUUGAGUUUGUUUUAAUUUUUAUUUUGUUUAUAGAAGGGACCUUGCAAAUGUACAACUCAUUAGAUUAGAAGUCAUGAGGGCCAGAAGUAACUCUAUUGUUCGUCUCGACUGGUAUCAUCGUCUCGUAAACCGAACGAUUUUAGAUUUCCAGGAUCCAGUAACUGGUUUGUUGCCUCCCAAAAUUAACUGGAAUGCUUAUAAACAAAGAUCUUGUGACUGUAAGGAUGCUUGGGUGCGGGACAAUGUUUACAGUAUCUUGGCUGUCUGGGGUCUGUCACUUGCUUACAGCAAGAAUGCUGACAUGGAUGAGGAUAGAGCAAGGGCACACGAACUCACACAGGCUGUUGUAAAGUGCAUGAGAGGUUUGCUGCUCUGUAUGAUGAGACAGGUUGAAAAGGUUGAAAAAUUUAAGAAAUCUCAAGCUAAGGAGGAUGCUCUACAUGCAAAAUACAACUUAAAGACUUGUAGUCCAUGUGUUGGGGACCACGCCUGGGGACAUCUUCAGAUUGAUGCCACUUCUCUCUACCUGCUCAUGUUGGCUGAAAUGACUGCUUCAGGAAUACAGAUUAUUUUCACUCUUGAUGAAGUUGCCUUCAUUCAAAAUCUGGUUUUCUACAUUGAAAAAGCAUUUUGCAUCCCAGACUAUGGUAUCUGGGAAAGAGGUGACAAACUGAACCAUGGCAUGCCAGAGCUAAAUACAAGUUCCAUUGGAAUGGCAAAGGCUGCUUUAGAAGCUUUAGAUGGUUUGGAUUUAUUUGGCCCUGAGGGUUCACAUGCCUCUGUUAUCCAUAUUCUUCCUGAUGAUAUCCAGCAGUGCAAGGCUAUUUUACAGUCAAUGGUACCAAGAGAAUCCAAUUCCAAGGAAAUUGCUGCUUCUGUUUUGAGUGUAAUUAGUUUCCCAGCUUUUGCCGUUGAAGAUGAGGAUCUAGUCAGAGACUCUAAGGAAAAAAUCAUUUCUAAACUUCAGGGUCGAUAUGGUCUUACUCGUUUCAUCCGAGAUGGUUAUAAAACUCCACUUGAGGAUCCAUUCAGGCUUCAUUAUGAACCAGCUGAACUGGAGAUCUUUGAGAACAUUGAAUGUGAAUGGCCAUUGUUCUUCUGUUACCUCCUUCUUGAUGGUGUGUUUCAUGAUGAUGAGGAGCAGGUGAAAACGUACACAAAGCUUUUAGAACCUCUGCUUGUGAAAGAUGAAGGUGGUCUUCCUUUAGUUCCAGAAUUCUUCUAUGUACCGAGGGACAAGGUUGAUAUUGAGAAAGCUAAUCCCCACAGUGUGGAAAGGAAUUGUGGGGAAUAUGUGCUGCACUUGUGGUCCCACUCGCUCUAUGUUCUGGCAUGUCUACUGAAAGAGAACUUUAUCGCGGUUGGAGAGAUUGACCCUCUUAAUCGGAGACAUUCGACCGACAAAAGACCAGAUGUAGUGGUGCAAGUGUCCCUGCUCGCCGAGGAUGAACUAGUAAGAAGUCAGCUGAGGGGCCUUGAUGUCCCUGUUCAGGUGACACAGAAUGUGGGCCCAAUUCAGGUCCUACCACCUCACACCCUCAGCUCCAUGUACCAGCAGCUAGGGAAAAAUUUCAAGCUAGAUCUGACUGGCAGGCCAAACUAUAACAUUGGAGUCUUGGGGACUAGUAUGUUGUACAAUGUCGGAAACUCCAUUUUGGCUUUUACGCCCCAAAUACUCGACUAUCACCAGUUUUACUUAGCUCUUGAUAAUGAGUUUCUUGCUGAUCGGAUCAAGUCUCUUGUGGGUUUCCUCGGAGCUAAUUGGAGAAGACUCGGAAGACCUAUUCUCACAAUGACCAUCACUCACUCAAUGUUGGAGGACGCCCUCAGUUCAUCGAUUUCCAAGAUGAUUAUGAUGUUGAGGAGUGGCUACAUAUCUGGUGUCAGGGUUCGUCUUGGUUAUCUGUCAGAUUUUAUGAGCACGUCUUGUAUUACCAGUCUGCAUUUUAUUGAAGACACUGAAGAGGUUUUCAGGAGACACAGAAGGUUACGAGGACCCAGUGACCUGCUGCUACGAAUUGAUUCUGAGUCUACUACAUCGGGAAGAAAUCGAACUUGUAGCGGUGCUGGUCAUGAUCCACUAAGAAGAAAAUCGAGUUACAAGGGUUUGGUUAAAAGAAGUAGAAGCAUCUCAGUGUACUAUGAGCCAUCAGGUGGUACAUCUCUUUCAGCGACUCGCAAGUCAUCUCAGUGGGCUUCACCUGACAUUGAUGAGGACUGUGGCCCAUCAUCACCUACUUGGAGUACCGAUCCAGUUCCCGGAUGUGAGGCAUUUGAAGAUCGCGCAGCUAAUGGUUGGACACCAGCCAGGUCACGUGCCAUAUCCACUGACGUCGAGAUGAAAGAAUUAUUGUUGCAACUCCAGGAAGCAGAGACUAUUGAUGCCCAAGCUGACAUACUGCAUUUCUUGUAUAAUACAAGAGGUCCAGAUUUCGACACUCAACUUUUCGGUGCGCGAGGAGUUACAGUGCGAAAACUCCUAGGAGAGCUAUACGAAAAGGCUUGUCAAAGUAAAUUAUGGUCUUUAGUGCGACACACUGCGGGGCUUCUGAGAAAACGAGUGGAAGAUCUAGCCGAGGCUGCCACGGAGCUUUUAGUCCACCAGAAGCAGCUGACUGUAGGGAUCCCCCAGGGAGGACAUGAAGAGGUCAUAACAAGACCCCUUCCGCAAGAAGAAAUGAAAAAUAUAAUUUUCAAUGUUUUUGGGGAAGAUAUGAGCACUGGUGUUGUCACUCAGGAACUGUUAGUUUAUCUUGGGAUAUUUGUCAGGACUGAACCAUCGCUAUUCAAAGAGAUGCUGAGGCUUCGAGUCGGUCUGAUAAUAGAAGUUAUGGUGGCUGAGUUGGCGAGAUCCAUGGAUUGUUCCGGUGAAGAUGCCGCUGAGUUUUUCAUGAACUUGAGCCCUUUCGAGAUGAAAACUCUCCUGUAUCAUAUUCUUAGCGGAAAAGAGUUGGUCGUUUCAAGUGAUUUGUCCUACGACAACAAGAGCACACCAGAGAAACAGAUCUCCAUCGUAAACGUCGACCUCCCGAAGAGGGUUGGGAUCAAAAAACUGUCCAGUGCUAUUAAGAAAAUAAGCUGUAUUAAAAUGUUUGCGGGGAAAAGUAUGCAUAUGAGUGGCAGAGGAUUGUUGCCAUCACCUGAGCAGAAGAAGUUGGAACCACAGAAAGAUAAAGAUGACGAAGACGAGGACCCUCAGGACCGUCUUGGGCAGUGGAUCAGGCGAAGGUGCCUUGAUGGAGCACUUAAUCGAGCCCCUGAGGAUUUUUACCCUAAAUUCUGGAAAGUACUCGAAAAGUGUCGGGGUAUGACAAUUUACAAGCAUUAUCUGCCGAGUACUAUGGUCCAAGAGAUGACUCCAGGAGAACUGAAAUUCGCGUUGUGUGUGGAAGCUGCCCUGAAUCGCAUUCCAGAGCCGGAGUAUCGUCAACUUGUGGUGGAAAUGUUGAUGGUGUUGUCGCUUGUGGUUGAGUAUCAUCCAGAACAGACUUUGGGAGACACUAUUGAUGUUGAUGAACUUGUUUUCGAGGGCCACAGUUUAUAUCUUAAAGACCAGAUGAACAUCAAAGGUGAUUCCACUGUGUGUUGCGCUCGUCUUCUUCAUGAAAAAAUCAGCUGUGGCGGAGCAGCAGGCCUCUGUCGAUAUUUCUACGACACUGCUCCUAGUGGACGGUUUGGAACCAUGACAUAUUUUUCACGAGUUGUUGCCAAGCGAGUCAGUAAUCUUCCACAUCAGAAUGAGUGUGUGGUUGCUUAGAAUUAGAAUUGUUUGCUUAGAAUUAGAGACCAUGACAUAUUAGAGACCAUGAAAUAUUUUUCACGAGUUGUUGCCAAGCGAGUCAGUAAUCUUCCACAUCAGAAUGAGUGUGUGGUUGCUUAGAAUUAGAGACCAAUUUAGUGCAAAAAAAAAUUAAUUUUUUUUUGUAAUUUUCGACCGCCUUUUUUUCCUACGUUUUUGUUUACUUCCUUAAUAUUUCUUUCUAUAAAAAGUUUGCCACUCCAUUUUGUGUAAAAAAGAACAGCGGAAAAUACCAGGUAUAAAGCUGUUUGAAGGGAGUAAAUUUCUAAAGAAGCUGUGGUGUUGCAUCGGUAGGAGAAUAUAACGAGACAAUUUGGUUGUGUCAAUAUUAACUUGAUAAUGUAAAUGACCACCAUAAAGAGUUUCUAAAGCCGACGUUGUCCCUUUGGUGUAUUCUCUGUGUAUAUUAUCAACUUAGUUGAUAAUACCAAAUUCUCUUAACAAGCUGUUAAGCUGAGUUGAAAACCCAGGAAAUGAGUGACGUUAUAUUUAUUUUGUACUAAACGUGAAAGAAAAGGUCUUUAAUUUAUGGCGGGGUUCUACUGUACAGAAUUUUGUUUACAAAUUUUGUGGAGACUUCUUCAAAGCAAAAUGGAUUAUUUUUCCGAUGACGCUCUCCCAUUCGUUUUUAUGUUUCACCUAAGCCAAUUAGUAUUCAGGCAUUAUGAAGCAAUACUUCCUCAUUUCAUUCGUAAGUAAAUAGCACCACGAAUUUGUCCCACUUCUGACAAUUACUUCAUAUAUUUGAUCAAUAAAAUUUGAUUUUCUAAGUGGUAAGAGAAGGAUGUUACGUUCCCGCAACCGGGUGCGUUUGGUUUCAAAAGGGAAAUUCCCCUUGGCUUUUAUUCACUAUCUCGACGUCGUCGUAAGGGCAUGCUUAUCGCCAGUUUCUUGGCUUAUUGUAAACAACUUUGACAGCUUCCAACAACGUGUCAGCAGAGAGGCGUGAUUUUGGUGGACUACCACAUGAGUCAAUCAUGGCUGGCGUAUCAUCUUUUCAAAGCUAAUGUAACUCGCCGAACAGAAGUUGGUUGCAAAUUGAAAUAUUAGUAGAGUUUCCAUUAAUUUCAGUCGUAAAAGCUAAAUAUUUUAUUAAAUCGUCAACGUAAUUAGCUAAAUUGUAGUCCGUGGCCUCAACGAUGUUAAGAGAAUGAUUUCCAGGAAAAAGCGUUUUAGAAAAGAAAUGCGAUUUGGCUGUAAAUAAUUACGCUUUCGAAAAUUUCACUGUUAAUUGAAAUGUGCGUGCUAAGAAAGAUUGAAAUGCAAUUAACAUUUCUC